AUGGGUGUGAUAAAUGUGGUGGAUCUCAUUGUUUCUCCCAUGAGUAAUAAACGCCAAGCUGGCCCGAGUGAUGCGGCCCGCCGUCUGGUCCAACCCACCGAAUUCCCCUGUGAACCACUUCGACGUCUUCACCAAACGGCAUUGGUCUGCCGCAGGUUCUCUCUUGGUCAGUGGGACGAGCUCAGUGAGCUAAAUGGAAUGACUACAAUGACCGUUCCCCCGACCGGCGCAAUGCCGUCCGAGGAAGAGCCUAUCGAUGCGUUGGAUGCAGUGGACUAUGAUCCAGUCGAUCAUCUAAAUGCCAUUUUCUCACAUCCCUCAACCCUCUCCUCUGUCUCGCACAUCUCCGACGCCCUACGCACCUAUGAAGAUGAAUUGGACUACGACAUCGGCGCGCUUGUGGAGGAGCAGGUCACCUCCAAUGCGGAAAGCGUGGAACGUAUCCAGGCGGCCAAGGCUGACCUGUCGGAGUUAUUCAAAAAAAUUGACGAUGUACGCGAGCGAGCCUCCAAAACCGAGCAGGCCAUCACGGACAUGACCGCCGACAUCAAACAAUUGGACAACGCGAAGAAGAACCUCACCCUUUCUAUGACCGCCCUCAAGCGACUGCAAAUGCUGACGACCGCGUACGACCAACUCCAUGCUCUUAGCCGGACGCGACAGUACCGCGAUUGCGCCCAGCUUCUGCAAGCUGUGAUUCAACUGAUGGCCCACUUCAAGUCCUACCGAUCGAUUGACCAGAUUGCGAUUCUGAGCCGAAAUGUGGCGGAUAUCCAGCGGGACUUACUAGAGCAGAUCUGCGAGGAUUUCGAAAUUGCCUUUGCCAAGGGAGAGGUUGCUCAAAAACGGGUGAUGCUCUCGGAGGCUUGUUUGGUAGCGGAUGCGCUGGGUGAGCAUGCUCGGUCCCGACUUGUGACUUGGUACUGCAAUACCCAACUUCGCGAAUACCGUCAAGUCUUCCGGAAUAAUGAAGAGGCUGGAUCCUUGGACAAUAUAUCGCGCCGGUACUCCUGGUUCCGGCGUAUAUUAAAAAUUUACGACGAGGAAAAUGCUGCUAUUUUCCCUGCUGCAUGGAGAGUGAAUGAAAUUCUAGCGAACGUCUUUUGCGAAGGCACCCGUGAAGAUUACAAGGGAAUCUUGUCCCGAUCAGUGCGAAAUGGGCAAACGAUCGAUGUGAACCUGCUCCUAUCUUGCCUGCAGGAAACUCUUGAGUUUGAGCACUCUCUAGAGCGCCGCUUUAGUCCCCCUCGCCCAUCUACGGAUACGUUUGCAUCAACCGAAAACCCGACCUUCAGUCAAUCCAUAUCCGAAGCAUUCGAACCAUAUCUAAGCAUCUGGGUGGAAGCGCAGGAUAAGCAGCUGGCAGCCUUGUUGCCCAAAUACCGGCAGCAGCCUAUCAAACCCCCAGAUGAUGAGUUCAAUUCCCACAUUGUGGUUUCAUCAUCAACUGAACUUUUCAACUUUUACCGACACUCCUUGCAGCAAUGCUCGAAGCUUUCAACGGGUGCAAGCCUAGCGGACCUAGCAAAGCUCUUCGCAAAGUAUCUUGACCAAUACGCCCAGCAGAUCCUUCUAAACUACAUCAGUGAACGUCCGCCCGGGAGUGCGCCUUCAGCAGUGCCCACAAUCGAAGAUUUGGUAAUCGUUCUCAAUACAGCUGACUAUUGCUACACCACAUGUAAUCAACUGGAAGAGAAGAUCAAGAGCCGACUAGACGAAAGUCUCAAACAGUCUGUGGACCUACAAUCUCAAGCAGAUUCGUUCAUGGGUAUUGCAUCUGCUGCUGUUCGAGGACUGGUCCGCCAGGUGGAAAUCAACCUCGAACCAUGCUGGCGAGAGAUGCGGAAUACCCCCUGGGGGAAAAUUGAGGCCGUUAGCGAUCAAAGCUCAUAUGUCAGCGAGCUCCUCUCGCACACAAAGGAGAAGGCGGCCGAGAUUCUGCCAUUGCUUCACAAGCAGCAAUAUGCGCGUGCAUUCUCGGACCACCUUAUUGAGUUGGUGUCUAGUCUCUUCAUUAGCAAUGUUUUCCAAUGUAAACCUGUUUCGGAAGCAGGCGCUGAGCAGAUGCUACUCGACUCAUACACUCUCAAGAGCGGCCUUUCAUCUCUGCUUCCAGCUCCAGCUCCCGCAGGCUUCGUGAAGCGCGUCAACAGCAGCUUCUUCAAGAUCGAAACCCUCCUCAAAACCCUGCAAGUCCGACCUUCUCCGCCCGAAGCUCUCGUGCAAGCGUACCUGAUCCACAUCGCGGACCGCAACAACAACAACUUCCGCAAAAUCCUCGACCUGAAGGGCAUCCGAAGUCGCCAAGAACAAAACCACCUUGUAGAACUCUUCCAGCUGCACCGCGCUUCCGAUCGAUAUGCCUCUAGCCUUCAGCAGAGCAAUCCCAUGCUCACAGCCAUCCAAGCGCCUGCUGCGACCAGCCGCUUUGACGCGUCGAUGCUUGGCUCUGCGAUCAUUUCCGCUGCUAAGGAUGGCGUCGACCGCUUCGGCAAUCCCAGUCUUGGGGCUGGUAUUACUGGUGGCACUGGUACAGCCGGCUCGGUUACGGGGCCUGGUACUUCGUCUCCUGUUCCGAAUGCUGCGCAGCAGGUUAGCCAUGUUCACAGUCCUUCGGAGUCGAGUUCUGCGGUUAACCUCAAUGAGAAUUUGAAGAAUAUUGGGAAGUUCUUCCGCCGGGACUUGGGUGGCUUUGGAGGCCGCUUUGGGCGUGGAGCAGAC